AUGGGUGGUGACCCUUUGACGCAUUUCGACUAUCCUAUGGUUUCAAAUUUCAACUUGACUGCUACCGAAGAUUGGUCCUUUGAUGGCGUUUCCACAGAUGGGACGAUGGGAAUAUCAAUUUUCUUCAGCCGAGGCACAGUUGCCGGCCAUACAGCCGCUCAGCGCCUGCUUAUUGCAGCCAGGGCACCUGGCCAAACGGAACGCGGGACAUGGGCUAAUAGCACUUCUGGUCUGAACUGGACUUUCGAGGUGUCGAACGACUACAAGUACACUGUCAUGACCAUUGACUCAAAGACAGUAAAGGGCACAUACACUCUAGAGUCAAUUUCUCCUGCAGUCUACCCUAACGGGCGGAUCUAUCCCGAUCGCAAAGGCAAUCCACUCUUCGCUCCUUUUCUUUACUGGGUAGAGAACGUCCCAGUCGGCCUUGUUCAGACAAAUCUUACCAUCCUGGGGACGCUAUUCAAUCUGAAUGGCAUUGGGGGACGGGAGCAUAAUUGGAACUCUGAUUCCUGGGGAGCAAUCAGUGCUCGUUGGGACAUGGUACGAGGAGCGGUCGGUCCUUACAACUUCAUUGCAUGGACAUACGAAUCGCGAUUCGAUGGUCAGACCUACUUCAGUAUUGUCUUGAUGAAGGGUCAAGACGUGAUUUUCCGAACCCAGCAGCCAGAAUUAGCAGUUACGGAUACUUAUGGAUCCAUCAAACAUAAAAUGGAUGGUCCAGUGCACCUGUCUUCUGACCCAAAAUCUCCUCUUCAGCUCCCUGAAUCAAGUUUCACAGGCUACAUUUUAGACCUUGUGUCUCCGACAACCAAGGAGUCCUGGAGAUUUGAGGUCGACUUUAACAAACCAGUGUAUUGGUUCGCAGCGACGAAGAUGCGAAAAUUGGCGGAUUCGUAG